UGGAACAGGCAAACAAGGUGGGAGUGGCUUGAGAAAGCCCCAAAGAAGAUCCCUCCCCUGAUUGGAACAGCCUGCAGCUGGAGAGAGACAACAAGAGCUCAGCUGAACAACCUGUGAGAUCUGAAGAGUGGUUUCAGAACAAAGAUGGCAGCUUGGCCGACGCUGUUGUUGACAUUUGGAGCCUCUUUAGGAUUCUUAAAGAUCUCCACAGCUCUUGGGUUUAACACUCAAGCUCCUCUCGAUAUGGCUCCAAACGCUGUUGACGACAUGUACGAUGGCUGCAAAGAUAAGAUGGAGAACAGAGUGAAGAAGGAGUACCUCCUGAACGAGAGGAACAAAGACAAAAACUUCACCCUGGCCUGGAGUGAAGCCGAGAAAUACUACAACAAAAAGUGGAAGCGUCACAAAGGAAGACGACCCUCCUCCUCCUCUCUGGGGAAGGAACAGGUCAUGGCUAUCUAUGCCUACAGCCUCGACAAGCCACAAGUCUAUCUGGAGUUCAACGAUGCAGUGAGGACACAGAAAUCUGAGUACAAGACCACAUUCAGGUAUCACUCGCUGCACUAUUUCCUCACAGACGCACUCCAAACCCUCAACGCUCGAAAACCUGCAGAGGACAGGUGUCUGACCGGCUACAGGAGAGUCAAUGGCUACUUCAGACAAGAUGUCCUCAACAAGCCGGUCCGAUUCGGCUCCUUCACCUCCAGCUCCAUGGGUUGGUACCCCAGCUCGCAGAGGUUUGGCGACAAGUCGUGCUUUGAGGUGGUCACAUGCUUUGGAGCGGAUGUGUCGCUGUACUCAAAGCUGGGAGAGGCGGAGAGAGAAGCCCUGAUCCCUCCGUAUGAGGUCUUCAAAGUCACGAGGGUCGAGAGGAGAUCGGAGCAGAAGAGUCUACCAUGUGAGGUGGUGUAUAGACUGAAGAGCAUGGGAAAGACUCUGUCCAAUUUGAAUUGUGCUCUUUUUUUGAAAUAAUAAUGGAGAAAACCUUGAUGAGAAUUUGACUUACUAUUAUGAUGCAGAUUUUUUGUUUUGCCAAAGUCUGGGGGAGAGAUGAAUGUCCUACGUCACGCUAAAACUGUCACUUAAAAAAUAAAUGCAAACUACAUUUUU